AUGGCUCACAUAGAAAGUGACGCGGUUGGGUCGGUACCUCCGGGUAUUAUCGGAACCGGCAUCGAUGCGAAUGGCCAUGUAGAUGAAGAGAGUCCAUUAAUCCCGCAGUCUGACACAGACACUAAGCUCAAGGCCUUGACGGGGGUGGGGACAAUUAUCGCGGUGCUUCUACUCGGCGAAUUCAUUUCCAAUGCCGAUGCGACACUAGUGAUGGCGGCAGCAGGCCGCAUCUCCUCCGAAUUUAAUCGUCUACGCGAUGCGAGUUGGCUCUCAACAGGAUAUACAUUAGGUGUCUGUGCUGCACAACCGAUGUAUGGAAAAUUGAGUGAUAUCUACGGUCGCAAGCCAAUGUUGCUGCUCUCAUAUUUGUUAUUCGCAGUGGGUUGUAUAACGAGUGGCAUCGGAUCUCAGAUGUGGGUGGUUAUUUUUGGUCGCGCGACCAGCGGAAUGGGUGGUGCGGGAAUCAUGACCAUCAGCUCCAUUAUAAUUACAGACAUCGUGCCUAAGCGCGAGGUCGCUACUUGGAGGGCAUAUGUGAAUAUCGCCAUGACACUUGGGCGUAGUCUCGGAGGUCCGCUGGGUGGUUGGCUGAGCGAUACUAUCGGAUGGAGAUGGCUGUUCCUCCUGCAAGCCCCGUUUCUCGCUCUGGCUGCAGCUCUCGUGAUUGUGAAACUGAACGUCGGAGAGAAGACACACUCCACCAAAGGAAACAAACUCGCCAAGGUCGAUUUCCUCGGAACAGCACUGCUGGGCUCGUCUAUUGUCGCGAUGAUCACACUCCUCGACCAAGGCGGGAAGUCCUUCCCGUGGAGCUCGUGGUGGACAGCCCUCCUAGCAAGCAGCGGAGUAUCACUCCUAAUCGCUUUCGUGCUCGUCGAAGCCUACGUCGCCCGCGACCCAAUCUUCAACCUGCGCAUUCUCCGGCGCACAAACGUCUCAACGGCAUACAUAAUCGGUGCGCUUCAGAUCACCGCACAGCUGGGCAUGAUGUUUUCCGUCCCACUGUAUUUCCAAGUAACACAGCGCGCAUCAACGACGGCGGCGGGCAUGCAUCUCAUUCCAGCAGUGAUAGGAAAUACCCUCGGUGGAUUGCUAGCAGGAAUAUUCAUCCAACGCACAGGGCAGUUCAAACCCCUUCUCGUUGUCGCCGGCCUGGUUGCCGGCAUUUCCUACCUCCUCCUCUACCUCCGUUGGGACGGACACAGCGGCUUCUGGGAAUCGCUAUUUAUCCUGCCCGGCGGACUUGGCACGGGAAUUGCAGGGGCGUCAUCGUUUAUUGCCAUGUCCUCCAUGCUACCGGGUGAAGAAACUGCCAUGGCGACAGCGGGAUAUAUGCUGAUUGUGGGAUUCUCCAUGACGGCUGGUGUGACUACGUCCAAUUCCGUUCUGGGGAUGGAGUUCCAGCGGCAGCUCAAGCUGAAUCUUCAUGGACCUGGCUCUGAGAAGGUUAUUCAACGUGCGAUGGCUGAUACGAGUUAUAUCGCGCACCUAAGUGGCCACCUGCGGGAGAUUGUGGUGGGUUGUUAUAUCUCUGGACUUAAGCAUACAUAUCUUCUUUCCCUUGGUUGUUCGCUUUUGGCGUCAUUCAGUGGGUUGUUUAUUGCGCGCCAUCAAAUAUAG